AUGUUGAUUAAACCAAUUACUGAAACUAGAACUCCUCGUCAUACAUUAGAUGAUGAAGACACCAAUGCAAAACCAAACCCCAUCCCUGAAAUCAAAAUAUCCUUAAACGAUGCCAGUCUCAUUUACGACUAUGUCUUAAUUGUCCCCCAUACUAUCAGUUUGAUACAGGAUCAAUUACCAAAACAGGAAAAUAUAGGACAAAUACUAAUUGAUUAUCCAGAUUUGAUUAAAGAUUUGACAAAAGAGGUACAAGAGGAAUACGACGAAGAUGAGCAAUUGUAUGCUGCUCUUGAGAAUGAAGCUCUCAAGAACAAGUUUAAAACAGAGGAACUUGCAAUAUACUUGUCCAGUGGCGUUUUAUCCAUAGUAGUGCCGCAUUUUACAAACACCAUCGCUUAUAAUGUCCUUGCAAGACAAUUGAUUAGGCGAUUGAAACCGCUGAAGGAAUGGAUACUAUUAGCUCCAUCUACCUUAAACAACAACCAAUCGAUAAAUCAAUUGCCUUUAGUAGACACAGCGUCGUCAUCAGCAUCAAUUUUGUCACAAGUUCCAGUGUUGAGACCUCCACACUCCAUAACUGGUAUCGCCGCAGCAACAUUAUCGCAAUUAAACUUUAUUGGCGUGACUAAUGUCGUCACGUUGGUGUUGAAUUCAGAAGGACAUCUUGGCUUUGAAAAAUCCGAUAAUGACGCCAUUGUCGAUACAGCAUUCGUCUUGAGUGAUAUCAUCACCAUUGAUAAGGAAGAGUACAUAAAGAAUGUUAGUUCAAAAGUGAGAAAAUUCAAUGGAUAUUCGAAUUUGGGCAUAUACAUUUAA